GUGAUCCAGUGCUGGUUGUCGCGGCCAGACCUGCCGCCGCUCGACCUCUCGAUGAGCCAGAGUCUCUACGAUAUGGGCUAUGGCGACAAGUACGCCGAGAGAAUCGCGGCCGCCAAGAACAUCAACUUUCAACACAGCGCGAUCAACGAAGAGACGUUUGGUAAGCGGCUCGCCGAGACGUCCUUCUUCCUCUGCGCCAGCCGAUGGGAGGGCUACGGACACUACAUCAACCAGGCGCGCGCGGCCGGCGGCGUCAUCAUCACGACCGAUGCGCCACCGAUGAACGAGCUCAUCGUUGCACCAGUCAGCGGCGUGUACGUCAAGACGGUCAUCCAUCACCACCCGCACCAGAUUCUGGGCGGCGGCUUCGAAGGCGAGCACGGGCUCCGCGACGUGGGCGGGCUCCAAGCCGAUUACGAACCUGGCGAUCUCUGCGACGCCGUCGACCACGUGCUAAGCCUCUCGGGCGGCGAGCGCGAGCGCAUGGCCAAGGCGGCGCAGCAGCAGUUCCACGACGACACCAAGUAUUUUGCAGCCGCCAUGCGCGACCUGCGAGCGUUCGCACGCGCUCAGCUGCGCUCGGACCGAACGGCCGCCGAGGUCGCGGCCGGCAACUGGCAAGACACGGCGGUGCGGGACGUUCCGUGCGUCUAAGCUGUGACGCCAAUACCAUAGUUCAGUCGUUCAAUAGCAUUAUACGAAGUGCAAUGUCGGUGG